CGAUCAGAGGAGGGCGAGUAGCAACCAAAAUACUUUUCAUUCAACAGAUGCUGCGCUGGAUCUAAUCAAAGUUUUAUCUGAUCGCAGCCCACGGUGGAUGCAAGCGCACUGCUGGAACGCGCACGUUUCUAUUGGCUCUCGGCUGCGUCGCUCACAGGAAUGACGAUUUUGCUGCUAUAACCAGCUGAUGCUGAGGCUACGAACGCGGAGCCUCCGAAGAACUGUUGAUGGUACACUGACCCUUCCGUCAUCGACGUUAUGUCUGCGGAUCCAGGUCUUAUCUGCCCCCAGAGCCGGAGUGGGGAGGACAUUUGAUCGUGUCACGACGCGCAGGCCGUGGUGCUUUUUUCUCGCCCCUGUCGCUCCACAGGAUGUUUCUUCACCUCCCCACAUAAUCGCUUUCCCAGGGAAUGAUGCUCACUGCUUCCUCCACACAUAGGCGACACAUCGCAGAUGCAGAUUCCCCCAUGUGGAGUGUUGGAUAAAGGCACAGGAGCAACACAAGGAUAUGGAGUAAAAGGACAUUUAGACGAACUCCAGUCAGAUAUUUUAAUACGAGGAAACUGACAUUUAGAGGACGUUAAGCAGUGUGUGGGAAAAGCAGGGCUGUGAAAAGAGGAGGAGUAAAGAUGGCUUGUUGUCAGAGGCCUGCCAUGUUUCUCCGCGAGUCUGCAGCUGACCCAAUCGGCUGCUGGUCCAAGCAGGAGUGUCCCUAUUAAAGUCUAAGCAGCGCAUUUCACCUGGUGGAGGAGACCCCGCUCUCUGUGAUGUGAUGAAUAAGUUUGAAGUCCUUGGCAUUGUGGGAGAAGGUGCAUAUGGAGUGGUGCUUAAAUGCAGACACAAGGAAACAAAUGAGCUGGUGGCCAUCAAGAAGUUCAAAGACAGUGAAGAAAAUGAGGAGGUUAAGGAGACGACCCUUCGGGAGCUGAAGAUGCUCCGGACUCUGAAGCAGGACAACAUAGUCGAGCUCAAAGAGGCUUUUCGCAGGAGGGGGAAGCUCUACCUCGUCUUUGAAUAUGUUGAGAGGAACAUGCUUGAACUGCUAGAGGAAUUUCCCAAUGGUGCGCCACCGGAAAAAGUUCGCAGCUACAUUUUCCAGCUCAUCAAAGCCAUCAACUGGUGUCACAAAAAUGAAAUUGUACACAGAGAUAUCAAACCAGAAAACCUUCUUAUCAGUUCAGAUGAUGUUCUUAAACUAUGUGACUUUGGAUUUGCUCGUAACCUGUCUGAAGGAACAGAUGCCAACUACACCGAGUAUGUGGCCACCAGGUGGUACCGCUCACCUGAGCUACUGCUGGGGGCUCCCUAUGGAAAGGCUGUGGACAUGUGGUCUGUCGGGUGUAUUCUGGGGGAGCUGAGUGACGGACAGCCUUUGUUUCCAGGGGAAAGCGAGAUUGACCAGCUCUUCACCAUCCAGAAAGUUCUGGGUCCUCUUCCUGCUGAACAGAUGAAACUCUUUUACAACAACCCGCGAUUUCAUGGAAUCAGGUUUCCCACAGUUACCCAUCCUCAGACUUUGGAGAGACGGUACCAGGGAAUUAUGAGUGGUUUGAUGUUGGAUUUGAUGAAGAGCAUGUUGCUGCUGAACCCUACCGAGCGUUUUCUAACCGAGCAGUGUUUGAACCAUCCUGCUUUCCAGCCUUUGAGGCAGGCGGAGAGAGAAAAAUCUUCUCCUGCUUCUCCAAACCCACCACGCUCGUCCAAGAGAAAAACACACCACCACGGAGAAAAUACAGUCCCUACAAGGAGUCACAACAAGAGUUCAAGUCGUCGAUCAACCAGCAAGGAAUGUUCCAGCCUCCCUCGCCAUGGAGACCUGCAUCACCUCAGCAAUGAGAGUUUCCUGAAUGGCAACAAACCGGCUCCAUCUAGUUUAAGUCCUACACUCCACCCGAAAGUCCAGUACAUGUCCCAGACCCUAAAUCGUUCUGCCUCGUCCAACAAAGAUCUGGCUAACAACAACCUGCCACACCUUCUCAGUCCCAAAGAGGCAAAAAACAAGACAGAGUUUGAUUUCAACUUGGGGCCCUCAACAAAGCUGUCAGAUCAGGGACAUGGGGCAAAAUACACCCACAGCAAACCAAGCUCGUCUCGCUCUCAGCAACAGCAGCAACAGCAGCAACAGCAACAGCAGCAGCAACAGCAGGCCAGCCGGCACACCUUCCUGGAAAACAAAACCAACACAUUACAGUCUGGAGCAGAAAAACAACAUGGCCGCCAUGCCCACAGCAUGGCAGACUCUGCACACGGAUCCAUGUCGUCCUCUUCUAAAAGCUCAGCUUCUUAUCUGAGCCUGUCCAAGAGCCACGGGGCUCUUAGCGACGCCAAGUCUGUGGGGAACCUCAGCGAUGGUCGACUUCACCCAGACGACCCAAACGCAAACGGAGCAGCCGUUGUAGGACCCAGUGCCCGUUUCUUCCCUGCCAGCUGUUUGGACCUCAACGCCCCGUCGGGUCUUCCGGGACCCCCCGGCAGUCCCUCAGCUAGACACAGUGACCGAUCAGGACACAGCCCCGCUUCCCGUAGCAGCGUGAAUGUCCGUAUGGAGAGCAGCACGUUGGACUCCUCAUCGAGACACAAGUCCAGACACAAAUCGUUGGCUCCAGAAGAUGCUGGUGCUCCAGAGCUCCUAGACCCAGGAGGACCGGCGAUGCCCAACACUCACACCCUGCCUUCACCCCACGAGUCAUAUCACUACGGCCUGGGCUACACGUCCCCCUUUUCCUCCCAGCAACGGCCUCAGCGCCACUCCAUGUACGUGAGACGGGAACGUCACCGACCACAUGGGUGUGAGGGGGUCAUGGCGGGCCUGCCGCCACCUGGCCAGGCCAUACCGACUCGGGCCAGCAGCCUCCAGCUCCUCUCCCCACAGCUGCAACAUCGUACCAACCUGACUGGACAUUCAGUGAGCUCGUCAAGAGAGGACUGCACCGACGACCUGACGAGGAGUGAACAGCCCCCUAAAGACAUGAGCCACCCUUGUGCCCCCAUCAAAGACUCUACGAGGGACAACUCCGCUGCUUUUCAUACACAGCGCUCUAAAAAUGAGGUCGGUAUGUAUCAUGACCCUCACGGUGAGGAUGCAGGUUCCUCCAAGGAAAACCGGAUGAUCUUCACUGAGUCCAUGCCUCGGAGAGUAGGCAGCUUCUACAGAGUCCCUUCCCCCAGACCGGAUAACUCCUCUUCUUUCCACGAAGGUGUUGGUCAGGGAAGAGGGCCUGGGGUACCCGUCGUGACCGGUGAUCCAGGCGGCAUGGUGAACCACUCCAAACGCCAGAUGGCUUUUGAUUGGACUGCUGCAGAAGCAAUGGUCAUGAAUCCCCCAGAGCCCAUCAAAGAGAAGCAAAAACAAGGCUUCUUCAAAGCCAUUAAAAAGAAAAAGAAGAAGACACAAAUAACGGACGUGGAGGACAGAAGGAAUCCGAGCAUCAAGAAAAGCCUUUUCCCCCUUUUUAGCUCUAAGAAUAGCUUAAAGCACAACUCAGCUGGAAAAAUCCUACCUGUAGUUGCCUCGCCUAUGGUACAGCAUCAGCCUGCGGCACCCUACCCUGCCUCACCAGUUACUGGGAAUGGACAGGAACACCUUUCCCUUCAGAGGAGCUCCAAGUCGUCCUCUCACCACAGCAGCCGACGGAAAAACCGCGAGCAAUCCCGGGACAGAGACCGCGACGGGGAACAGAGCAGGGACAGAGACCGGGACAGGGACAGGGAGAGAGACAGAGAGCGGGAGAGAGAGAACAAAAGAGGGAGGGAGAGGGAGAGAGGGAGGGAAAGAGAGAGAGUCUCCGAUUGGCCGCCAGACAAGCCAGUGGACUCCCACUCUCAGAGCCAACCUCUGAAGUCUCUACGUCGACUCCUUCACCUCUCGCCUUCCCCCUCAAACCAAGGGCAGCCUCCUCCUCCGCCUCCUCCGGACCUGCGCUUCCAAGCCCCCCUCCCCAACCCGCCUCAGUCCUCCUCCAAAGCCGGCUACCCAGAGGGUCGAGGGCACACGGAGAGCAGGGGCCACUCGGGGAUGAGCAGCUCAAGCCAGGCAAAGAACCGCAAGGCCAGCUACACCUUACCGGGACAGAUCGAAUCCAGCUGGCACGUGUCGGCUUUACAGCGGGUGGAAGGCGCUCAGUUUACUCCAGAACAGCUGGGCAUCAAACCGAGUCAGAACGGGCCAACUUUUACCCGAGCAUCCCGCACCAGGAUGCCAAAUCUCAACGAUCUGAAGGAAACAGCCCUGUAACAUCCCCCAACCUCUCUGACCUGUCUCCGUCCUUGGAGCCUGGCCACAGACAUCGUGGUACCCUGGUAAAAGUUAACAGAAAUAUAGUUAUCUGUUGAUUCUCGUGUCUCUGAAAUCUACAAAGACCGGACGCAAACAGGCCAGACAUCAGUAAGAUGGGACUUAACUUAAGACAAGGAGGUCCCAGUAUCUUCUCUGGAUGUCGGCACCACAUCAGCUUAUUCUGCUCACAUCAGAACAAGCAGAUCUUUCCUGUCAAGGAGACACUGCCUGUGUGGCCUCUCUGCCGCCACCUUCUGCUUACAGAGCGCUACUGCAACGAUUGAGAAGCCGCUGUCGCAUAAGUGGCCAAUAAACUUAAAGGUUUUACAAGCACUGAUAUUUGAUAACAAAAAAGAGUGAAAGAUUUAUAUCAAUAUUAUUUAUUAAAUAUUUAUUUGUUUUAAAUUCAAGGAUAUAAGCUAUAAAUGACACAGUAUGUAGGUUAUAUGGGAAUAAUAUUUAAAAAAAUAUGUAGAAUUAAAUGUGUAAUUGCAAGAGCUUUAGUUUCGACACAGAGAAAUGAAUAGAUAUUUAUGUGUUGAUAAUAAUGUCAAAAGGAGUAUUUAAUAAUGGUGAAUGUCUUUUUAUGUUGAAUAUGAUGAUGUUAACAUAUGUUAUGUUAUCUUAUUUUUACCCGUUUUUAUUUCAUCAAAUUGUAAACAAAGAGAAAAAGAAAAACUACUGAAAAGUGAAAAAUCUCUGACAUUAGAUGUAGUACAGAUACGACCAUCACCUUCAUGACAUUAGUUGUGAAGUUGUGUGAUAAUUUGGGACAUUUGUAGACAUUGUUCGUUAGUAGAUCAACCAGAGGGUGACAGCUCCACGUUGUGCUUUCAGUACACUGGAAAUACAAAGAUCCAAAGUGUACACACCCUUGGUAGGGAGAAAACGCCGCGUUUUUGUGGCAUAAAAAUUUACCAUAAUAAGUAGUUUCAAACUAUUUCCACCUUCAAUUUGAUAUACAUGCUAAUACAGUUCAAUCAAAAAGCAAACAAUAAAAACCUGCUUAUGGAAGUGUGUGUUCAGUUGGAGUCAGACUUAGCUAAGACACCUUUUUUAUUGAGUUUCAGCAUUUUGUCUGGUGUGAGCAUAUAACUACACCACAUCUUACCAAGGUCAUAUUUGCUAAAUCUAAAUGGCAAGGGCUGUAAAUAUAAUUAAUUCCAGGGUUUCCCCCAGAAAACGUGCUGAGCCCAGAGCUUUGGAUGCUAUAGGGCGGCCGUCAUCCAGCCAGCCGUCCUGUUUUUGAGUUAAAAUAAUAUUUAAAGUGAAAUUUGAAAAUUUCACUUGAUAGUUAUUGGAAGACUAACCAUGAACUAUAAAGUCUUUAAAAAAGGGCAAUGAUUAAAAAAACUAAAAUAAAAAAACAAUGCUAAGCCUGGUGGGGGCACAAGUGAAGCCUGGUGGCCGGCCAGGCUUAUAGUGCACUUUGGGAAACCCAUCCAUCCAUCCAUCCAUCCAUCUUCUUCCGCUUAUCCGGGGUCGGGUCGCGGGGGUAGCAGCUUCAGAAGGGAGGCCCAGACUUCCCUCUCCCCAGCCACUUCCACCAGCUCCUCCGGAGGAAUACCAAGGCGUUCCCAGGCCAGCCGAGAGACAUAGUCCCUCCAGCGUGUCCUGGGUCUUCCCCGGGGUCUCCUCCUGAAAACUUUGGGAAACCCUGAAUUCAAAAUUUUAGGGUUUUUUUUUUUUUUUAAGUAUUUAGCAAACACUUGAACAUUUUAGGUCUAAACUAGCUGUUAUUUGGAACUGGAAGCAAAGCUGGAAAUGAAAUCAUGAGUUCCAGAUUGAAAAAAGUAAGCCCACAGCAUGAUGCUGCCAACACUAUGCUUCACUGUGAGUGUAGUGUCAUUUUAGUGAUAUGCAGCUGCAUUCUUCUUGUGUUGAACAUGACAAGUGUUUGCUGAGAAAUAGACUAAAGAGAGUAAAGCUGAGAAUGCUGAAACUGAAUAAGAAAGUGUUUCUAAAAAUGUUGAGUUUGCCAGUUAUGACAGAUUUGUCUUAUUUUUUUCUUUUUCUCUCUUUAACUUAUUAAAUUGUAUAUAUCACAUUGAAGGUGGAAUACUAUUUUUUACGAUUAUAUAUGGUCAGAAUUUUUUUACAUCAUCUACUCAUGUCCUACUUCUGGUGACACUGUUUUUUGAAUUUACCCCCAAUUUUCUGUCUUUUAUCAAACAACCAACAGCUCUCCAGCUUCAUGCUGCCAUCUUGGGUUUGCCUACAACCUUCCUAUGAGGCAACAGGCGUCUUUGCUCAUGUUAACCUCUGGAACUGAGACAUAUGACAUACAACUCUGAAGAUUGUUUCAAAAAGGCAUACCUCACUUACAGCCAUUAAGAUCUUACAGGAUAAGUCUGGGUAUACUUUUAUACUGUCAUUCUUGAAAGCAGAAACUUUGUAACUCUGGGCAUUGUCUGAACACAGGCUUCACGUUGUUCAGUUUAUAAAUGAAUUUGUUAGCAGAAAUACUGUA